AUGAAAAAUUUAAUCUCAUUCAUAUAAUUUUUCAUAUUUAAUGUAUUAGGAGCUCUUAUUGCUAAAUACUAAUGUGAUUGUUCAUUAUUUGUAGAAGAAACAAUAUGUUUAGGAAUUGACACUUGUAAUUGGGUUAAUGAAGUGUGUAUUAAUAAAGAUUGUUCUGAGAUUGAUGAAAAUGAAUGUGAUUUAAUAGGCAAAUGUAGUCUUAAUUCUAAUGGAAUAUGUGAAGCUACUGGAUUUUGUACAGAAUAUUAAGUCAAAGACUAAAUUGAUUGUAUGAUAAAAAAAGGAAAUUGUGCAGCUGAAAAUAAAACAAAUGCAGCUGGAUUUUAUUAAUGUAAAUCUUAUAUUUCCGUUGAUUGUAAUUCAUUAGCAGCAGAAAAUUGUACAAAUAAUUAUGAAGAUGGCCAAACAUUUUGUUGGCUAAAUUCAACUAAAUAAUGUUAAAGUUAUAACAUUAAUUCUUGUGAAGGAUUACCGUUAGAUGUUUGUGAUAAAUUAGAUUGUAAAAAAUCAAAUGGUUAAUGUUCUACCUUUCUAUGUUCUGACAUUACAUCGUAAGAUAAAUGUACAUAUGUAAAAGAUGGUUAUUGGGGGUCAUUGACACUUUGUUAAUGGAAAGAAGAUUAAAUUCCAAAAUGUAUUGAUAGAAUUGAAACUAAAGAUUAUACAAAUGAAACUUGUUCAAAAAUGACUGAUGGUAGAUAUUAUUGGAAUAAUGAAUCUUGUAUUUCAUGCCCAAAAAAUUUUGAAGAUAAUUCAAGUUCCUAACUUAAUUUAAUUCUCUAUUUAAUUUAUAUUUUACAGGAACUAUGA